AAAACAGUCGCAAGGGCACGCGGCUCCCCGGGGGACGGAAGAGCCUGGACUUCCUCUUGCCUCUGCCCCUCUGAUUGGCUUGCGGAGGUUAUGAAACCCAUGAAUGGGGGCCGCGAGCAACCUUUGCCGCACCACAGUCGCUCCUUACAAACCUAACCAAGCCCGACCCAGCAGCGCUGCGGGAGGGAGGGCGAGACAGGCGGCGCUACGGGCGACGGCGGCAUCCUCCUCCUCCUCCUCCUCGCUCGGGAUGAAGUCCGCCGCUGUCCUGCUCGCCGGGCUCCUGGCACUGACUGCCUAUUAUGUCUACCUGCCCUUGCCCGGCACCGUCUCGGAGCCGUGGCGGCUCAUGCUGCUGGAUGCGUCUUUCAGGGUCGCGCAGCAAACGCUGCAGCACCGGAGUUGAAGGAAGUACUUUUGGACAAUCCUAUGGACGUUUAGACAGAGGGGAAUUUACUGGCUGGUGAAUGCCGGGAAUUGUAGGACUUAUUGCACCCAUAGAGGCUCUGAACCCAUGUUUAAGAUAAGGGCUCUUCUGUAUUCUACAUGCUUUGAAAUGAUUUCCUAAUGCUUGUGUUGAGGCUCGGGUGGAGAACUGACCUUCCAUGACCUUCUUUGUAUUUUUGUGAAUGAUGGCCAGCUUUGUUAAGUUGCAUACACAAAAAGGUCUAUACUGAUCUGCUUUUAUUCUACUGAAAAUGACUUUUAGGCCACCUGUAGGGAACAAUAGAUGGCAAAAGAAGAAGGGGACGACAGAGAAUGAGGUGGCUGGAUGGAGUCACUGAAGCAGUCGGUGUGAGCUUGAGUGGACUCCGGGGAAUGGUGGAGGACAGGAAGGCCUGGAGGAGUGUUGUCCAUGGGGUUGCGAUGGGUGGGACACGACUUCGCGACUAACAACAACAACAACAAGGAUUUUUGUCAUCCUGCACCCCUCUCCCAACACGAUUUUAUUUUGGAUUUGUAGAGAAAUGCCAUCUGUGCCUGCACGGAAGUAAACAAGCCCCAGUGUAAGGAAGGGAGUCUCAUUAGAUUCAGUAGAAGGUUCUCUCGAGGAAAUGGGUACAGGAUUGCAGCCUGAUGUUAGUAAAGUGCAUUAGUUUGAGAGGCUUUGCUUUGGGUACUGGAGUGCUAUUUAUGUAUUUGAGAUCUUUAUAUCCUGCCUUUCCUAGUGCUCAACCCUACAAACACAAUAAAUAACUACAGACACAAGGCAAAACAUAAAGCUGUUUUAUGGAUAACAAAUAUAUUUUGCUUGCUUCCUGGCCUCCUUAGAAAUGGAUGUGACAGGGAGCAAUGUGCAAAGCUUGAAAUACCAGCCCAUUCUUUUAAAAUAUGGACUGGCUUUUACUCCAAUACUUUUACUUUUUUUUUUUAAAGCAAAACUCUGGAGGAGUGCUGGAGUUCUUUGGAUAUUCGCCAAGGAUUCUUGAGUAGGAGGAUCAGAUAAGCAUCUCAGGGGCACCAUGAUGAGAGAUUUCCUUGCACAUAAAGGCUGUGCAUGUUCCAUUCUCAGUCCCUCUGGGUAAUUUCCUUGGAUACUUUGCACAAUUCUCUUCAAGGUUCCACAGCAGACUUGGUACAACUUGCAUGGAGAUACCUCAGAGGUAUUGCAGGUUCAGUUCCAGAUCACUGCAAUAAAGCAAAUAUCACAAUAAGAUGAGUCACAUGAUUAUUUUGGUUCCCAGUGCACAUACAAGUUAUUUUUAUAUUAUACUGUAGUCUGUUAAGUGUGCAAUAUCAUUAUAUCUAAAAAAAGUGCAUACCUUAAUUAAAAAUAAUUCCAUUGCUAAAAAAAAUGCUAACCGUCAUCUGAGCUUUCAGGAAGUCAUAUCUGUUUCCUGGUGAAGGAUCUUGCCUCAGUGUUGAUGUCUAAUGACUGAUCAGGGUGGUGGUUGCUGAAGGCUGGGCUAUCUUUGGCCAUUUCUUAAAAUAAGACAACAGUGAAGUUUGCCACAUCGAUUGACUCUUUCUUUCACAAAAGAUUUCUCUGUGGCAUGUGAUGCUAUUUGAUAACAUUCUAUCCACAGUAGAACUUCUUUCAGAAUUGGAAUCAGUCCUCUCAAACCCUGCCCCUGCUUUAUCAAUUAAGUUUAUAUAAUAUUCCAAAUCCUUUGUUGUCAUUUCAACAGUCUUCACAGCAUCUUCACUAGGAGCAGAUGCCAUCUCAAGAAGCCACUUUCUUUGCUCAUCCAUAAGAAGCAACUCCGCAUCCAUUGAAGUUUUAUCAUGAGCUUGCAGCAAUUCAGCUACAUCUUCAGACUUUACUUCUAAUUCUAGUUCUCUUGCUGUUUCCAGCACAUCUGCGGUUGCUUCCUCCACUGAAGUCUUGACCCCCUCAAAAUCAUCCAUUUGGGUUGGAAUCAACUUCUUCCAAACUCUUGCCAACGUUCAUAUUUUAACCCCUUCCCAUGAAUCACGAAUGUUCUUAAGGGCAUCUAGAAUGGUGAAUCCUUUCCAGAAGGUUUUCAGUUUACCUUGCCCAGACCAUCAGAGGACUCACUAUCUAUGGCAGCUCUUCCUUUCACUUGAACACUUAGAGCAGGGGUCCUCAAGCUUUUUGAAUAGGGGGCCAGUUGAAAGGCUGUGGCCUGGGCCAGUGAGGUGGGAGGCAGCUGCGGGAGGCAGGUGGCGGCGGCGGCUCGCUCACUUGGAGACCAUCUCGGAGCGAGCGAGCCACCACCUCCCUGGCCACCCAGCAAGCGUGCACGCGGGCGGCGAACAGUGGCGCAGGCCGGAUGGAUGGCCAUGGUGGGCCAGAUCCAUCCCGCUGUCCUUAGUUUGAGGACCCGUGACUUAGAGGCCAUUGCGGGGUUGCUAAUCAGCCUCAUGUCGGCAUUGUUGUGUCUCAGGGAAUUGGGAGUCCUGAGGAGAGGGAGAGAGAUGGGGCCAACUGCUGGUCACUGGAGCAGCAUUAAGUUCAUUUAACAGUUAUCAGUUAAGUUCCCCAACUUACAUGGGUGUGGUUUCUCGUAGCCCAAAACAGUUCCUAGACUAACAUCAAAGAUCACUGAUGACAGAUCAUCAUAACAAGUACAAUAAUGAUGAAACAGUUUGAAAUAAUGUGAGGAUUACCACUCAACAAAUUUGUUAAGGAAGAAAAGCCUGAAUAGUACUUCAUCUGGAGCACCUUAAAUCUCUAUAAUGGUUUUAUGGCAGCAGCAGGGGAUUCGUUAGAGGGAGUGCUUCAAACUACGAUAAGGCGACCCUGAUGCUUUGCGGUCCCUCCUGCACAGUUUGCUGUGUGGAACCUUGGAGCUCUCCUCAAAGUCCUACACCGAUAGCACCACUAGCUGUAAUAGCCAAAAAUUAAAACAAAUAUCCAAAUGCACUGCAUCUUUCCUAUCUGCCUUAAUAAUUGAAGUGGUAGAACUGGGCUGCAGACCUGAAAAACAGAACGGUUUCUGAAAAUCCUUCCUAUGCUGAGUGCAAAGGUAACCCAAGAGUUGCACCACAGGGUUCCUCCCCCGUGCCAUGGUCCUGAUCACAUUCUGCGGGUCUGCACAUCCGUCCAUGUAUGAAGAAGCAGUUAAAUAAUUUGAAGUCGGCUGCAGCGCUCCAAGCUAUUCUGGGAGUAAGUUACCAUGGAUGGCAACAUUGUAUCUGGUUUGGAUUCUGCCAAAGGCUCACCCUGUUGGACCAGUUUAGCAAAACAUGUAACCCUACAAAAAUAUACAAAUAGAAAGGGGAGGCUUGAACGCCUUUCAUUUCUGAACAAGGGGCUUAAGAGCUUUACUUCGACUGCUUUUUAUCUUGGCACAUGAGGCACUUUGGCCCAAUGACAAAACCUCUAUUUUGUUUUGUUUUGUUUUUAAGUUAAGUUUUUCUUUUGAUAUGUUAAGCCAAAUAAAGAGUCCCUUGUGUUCUUCUCAGGGCUGGAGAAUGUACUGAAACAACUACCUCUGGUCCUUGGCCCAGGGCUUAUCUACCCCACCAUCCACUCAAAAACCAACAUGAAAUUGUUUGGAACUGAGGGGCGUUCAAGCCUACACUUUCAGUACCCCCAGAGGAGCCCAGCUGCAGUCCGUUUGUGUCACUUCAGGAAAGGUGUGCUCAUGUGCAGAGCAUCCUUCAUGAACACGCCUUUCUUCAGCUUCCUCAUGUUUGGAAGCUGACUGUGCUCUGAUGUUUGGGCACCUGCACUCUUUGGGACAAGGUAGCCUUUAUGCCACUGAGUUUGGGAGGGGGUAACUAUGAGGAAGGGCCAGUGGCCCUGAGUUCUCCUGAUCCACCUCAGAGUCUCAAGCCUCAGCCAGCAUCUCUGUGAUACUUGGCUCAGGGUGCAGAAGGACAUUCCCAGACGCCUUCCAGAGAGGAGUCUUCUGGACAGGGCACGACUAGGGGUUUUUCGGGGAGAAAGGGGCAUCUUGUCCCUCCCCCCUCAUUCAUCCCCUUGCUUUCCCCUUCAACUGCACUGGGAGUCUUGUUCAUCAUGGCAGGUGAGGCAGCACAUCAGCAGAGCUCAGGAUGACAGAGAAAUCUGCAACAGGUGCACAUGCGUCCAGAUUUCUAUGGAUUCUGUGGCAGGCCAGGCUUUGCCCAUUCACUUGCAAACCUGGUGACUGGUUUUCCAGUUGUGGGAGGUUGCUUUGCACUUUAAUGAUGGGCAUUAGCACAAGCACAUAUUACUGCUAAUGUGCAUUGGUGCAAGAGGAAGAAAUCCUACUUUUAAAAGAAUCCAAAUCUAUCAGUGAAAGGUUGAUGGAACAAAAAAUGCCUGACAAUUCUGUAACGCAGAGCGGAUUUUACAAAGGCCAUACAGCCGUAACAGUAGCCAUGCUUAUGAGCUGUGAGUCAGGUAUUUGCUCACUCCUAGCCCCCAGAUUUACCAGGGCUGCUGUGUUGCACGUACUUCGGGGCCCGCAUAUAACCUUGUACAGAUGUUCUAAGUAACCCCUAGAAGUGAGAAGCAGGAGUAGUAACGAGCGCACUAUUUCUGCCCCGCACUUGCUGCCAUUCUCAGUCUGGACUGGCAAGCCACCUACAGAGGGCGACUGUCUGCAAGAGAAGGCCUCCUCUCUCUGCGGAGGCUGCCCUUGCAAUUUAGAAACCCAAUUUCCCUGAUUAUCCUUCUGCUGCAAAGAAGCACCCUCUAUUUGUGGAGGGUGAUGAGAAUGCCAGAGGAGAGGGUGAAGUUGGCACACUGGUCUGCACAUAUAUAGUGCUUAUUUGCGCUUAGAGCACUUGCUGCAGCCACCCCCAACCUCCAGCCCCUGUGGUUCCCAGCCCCUUACCUCCAGAAGGUACCAAGUUAGGGAAAGCUGGGCUUUAGCCUCUCUUUUGGAGAACCACUUAGUAUUGUGUGGUUCUGUGAGACGGUUUGUCCAUCCAGCUGCCUGUGGGCUGCUCUUUCUCAUCACCUGCUUUCUGAGUUCCUUUCACUGAAGAUGCCACAGACUGAACCUGGGACUUUUCUACCUGUACCCUUUGCCACCAAGCAAAGGAUCCUCCCAAGAGGAGUAAUUUCCAUUGGCUUCAGUAAGGCUUGUGGUUGUUAUGUGCCAUCAAUUCAUCUCUGACUAACAGCAAUCCUUUGAAUUAAAGCCCUCCAAAAUGUCCUUUCUCAAGGCUGUGGCUUCCUUUGUGGACUUGCUCCAUCUCGUAGUUGGUGUCCCUUUUCUUCUUCGGCCUUCCACUGUUCCUAGCAUGAUUGUCUUCUCUGGGGAGUCUUGCCUUCUCAUUAUCUCAUUUUUGCUUCUAGGGAAAACUCUGGCUUGUUUCGAUCUAGGACACACCUGUUUCUUUUUCUCAAUAGGGUUUACCUCUGAGUAAAUAUGCAAAGGGCCAGCCUAUAUUUAAACAAAAGCUACUGUUCUCCUCCCCACUGCAUUGAUAUCCUGAGUGUAGGGAUGCAAAUAUUAGCCUACCAUGCAGGGUUGUUGCAAGAAUUAAAGGUAUGUAGUGUUUCGAACCAAGUGCCACAGAAUUGCUGUUUAUACAGUUGGUUCCUGUUGCAUCAUUACUGGAACUGAUUUAGUUUCAUUCAUUUGCAUGAUACAGUCAACAGGAAGUUAAAAUUAAUUGAGCUGACAAGUGAUGAGCUCAGGGAUGAGGAAGAUCCAUUGAGUUGGUGAUCUGUCUGCACCCACGGCCAGCCUGAUGUCCCCAGGAAGUCCAGAAGAAGGGCAGUGUAACCUAGCUCAUUUCCUGGGACUCGGCCAUCACCUGCGGGUUCUCAACUUUGUCAUAAGUGUCUUUGAGACACUAAAUAACCCACACUCCUCGGAGCAUGUGAAGAUAACAGAUACACAGUUUGAUGGUGUGGAGGUCAGAGUGUAUGAACCUUCUGCAGAACAGGAGAAAACGCUGAGGCGCAGUGUGGUCUACAUCCAUGGAGGAGGCUGGGCAUUGGCAAGUGCAAGAGGAAGCUACUACAACAAUCUCUGCUUGGCUAUGGCUGAAUCGCUGGAUGCAGUAAUUAUCUCUAUUGAGUACAGGCUAGUGCCCGACUUCCAUUUCCCUGUGCAGUUCCAGGAUGUUUUGCGGGCCACAAAGCACUUCAUGCUUCCCGAGGUCCUGGCUCGUUAUUCAGUUGAUCCUACCCGAGUCGCCAUCUCUGGGGACAGUGCAGGAGGAAACUUGGCGGCUGCUGUGUGCCAAGAGAUGAGUCAAGAGGAGAAUGUAACCAACAGGUUUAAACUGCAGGCAUUGAUUUAUCCAGUUCUCCAGCCCUAUGAUUUCAAUACACCCUCAUACCAACAGAACGAAGCCGCACCUGUGCUUCCCCGCUUUGUCAUGGCGAAGUUCUGGAUUGACUAUUUUAAUGGAAACUAUGAUUUUGCCCACUCCAUGGUGAUUAACAAUCACACAUCCCUUGACGUGAGUCAGGCUGAACCCUUCCGAGAACGGCUGGACUGGACUUUCCUUCUGCCAUCGAGGUUCAGGAAAAACUACAAACCUGUCAUGCAGACCACAGGAAAGGUAGAAAUUCUCCAGGAUAUGCCUUCAUUGCUGGACGUUUGCGCUGCCCCCUUGCUAGCUGAAAAAGAGGUCUUGCACCUGCAGCCAAAGACAUACAUCUUGACGUGUGAGAUUGAUGUGCUGAGAGAUGAUGGGCUCAUGUAUGCCAAGCGGCUGGAGAAAGCCGGGGUGGAAGUGAUGGUCGAUCACUUUGAAGACUGUUUUCAUGGCUGCAUGAUCUUCACCAUUUGGCCGACCAAUUUUUCUGCAGGGCGAAACACCAGAGACAGCUAUCUGAAGUGGCUUCAUCAAAACCUGUGAAAAAAGAUUCCCCCCCCCCAAAAAAAACCCCUAAAAACUAAAAAAUGAACAAGCAACUAACUGGUUCCAAAAUGAUGUGUACUUAUGCCACCUUGUGCCAUCUGUCAAAAGACUUCCCUGGAGAACGUCUCUUACUGUGCGCCACUUGUGUCUUCGUCUGACUUAAGUGGACUUUACUGUUUGGUGGGGAAAGUCUUCAUGCAAUCUUCAACCCUGCUCCUAAAAUGCAUCACAAGGAACUCAGGUCUGCUGCUUGUGAUCCACAAACAGCAGAAAGAGUUGGUGGGCCAGGCUGUACCAUAUUCACACUGCAAAGUGUGUGUGGGGGGGGAUGCUGUCUUUGAAUAGUUGCGCGUAAUUGCCCAUCAGCAGGAGCUUCUGUCCAACCUUUCUGUCGACUGUGGCAGUGUUCCAUUUACAAGGAUGGGUGUGUUGGGGGGGCGGUGUUUCAAAUGCAGGGAAAGAUUCAUAAAUAUCUCCCACCUACAGUGUGAAAUGGUACAUUCCUUUCUUCUGCAUCUAAAGACCUGGCCAGGGUUCCAUUCAGGGCCAUGGCCCCUAAGCACAGAAUAUGUGCAUUCAGGAUGGAGGUGCUGGACAGCUAACCUUUGUCACUUUCCCUAAUGUACUGAACUGUCACCAUGCUGAACUUGCUGUCAUGGAUCCUGAACAUCGAAUGUUGGCCACUUUUGAAUAAGGGAUGCCAUGUUUAAACCCCAUAGUCAGUAAGCAGGACUAGGGGAAGCUGCUUAUCCAUCAAUCUCCAUAGCUUACCAUCUAUUUAGCUAAAUGUGACCCAUGAUUCAUGGAUUGUUGCCUGCCAAAAGCUGCUCCUCCUUUCUCUUUUAUGGAGCAGAGUGGGAGAAGGAAGUCGUCCUUCCAAAAACUGGCUGGAAGGUGUAUGUGAAAUGCACCCCUCACAGGUGACCCUUGCAACAGCAGGUGGGUGGACAUCACAGCCCUGCCGCUGAUUUUUCUUGGGCGGGGGGGGGGUGCUUUUUCUGACUGGGUGAAAGUCAGCAGAAGAAUUGCUUCAUUAACUUACAGAGGGAGAGGAAGAACCCCUUCCUGCCGAAAACUGGAUGAAGGGAAAAGCCCACCUCCCUUCAAAAGACACCUGGGGCAGCAGGCUCCUUAGUGCAGAUGGUGGGCUUCAGUUCCCCUGCCAGCCAGGUUUCAGGAGGGAAAGAUCCCUUUAUUUGCACAGAAAUCGGGAGAGAGACAGAGGAUCUGGGGGUGGGGGCAGAAAGGAAGAAGGAAGCCAGCCAGCCAGACUACGUGGGGUAGACACAAUUUGUGGUUGUGCCCAGGGCCCCUUUCCAUAACUCUAAAUGCACCCACAGGCCCAAAACGUUGGAAAAUGUCUGUCUGAAACCCAGUCAUUGUAGAUUGGUGCUGGGCAAGCAAAGGCAUUGUCCAGCUAGCCGGGCACAGGCUACUGCAACAGGAAGCCGGCCGAACCUGCAGUGAUCAAAAGGGAAUGAAACUCCAGGUUCCAGAAUAGGCAGGUCAGUGGAUCUCUCAGAAGAGGCCUCUGCUGACACAGGUGUUUCCACUUGUUUCUGCUGUUACUGCUACUUCUUGUUAUGCAAGGAGUGGAUCCUGUUAGCACAAGUACCUUCUAGGUGUUUUGGGUUACAGCUCUCCUUAGCCCCAGUCAGCACAGCCAAUGCUCAAGGCUUCUGGAGGUCUUAGUCCAAAAUGCCUGGAGGGCACCAGGCUACCUGCCCUUACUGAAGACAGUACUGAGCCACAGAAGUAAAGGACCUGGCAUUGUACAAAGUCGAGGGUGAUUGUCUUGUCGCCACAUUUUGUCUGAAGAUGCAACAGGCACCCUGGUUGGGCUUCCAAGCCUUCUCCCAGCAAGCUCUAGGAUGUUGGUUAUGUCUUUGUCUGCUCAUGUGUUGAUCUGUACUUUGUCUUUUAACUUUGCACCGGUAUUUAAAACAUUGUGCUGCUGCUGUGAAA